GAUUUACGAUAGAAUUUGACUCCACCACUUAGCAGCGGCGGACCAUCAUCGCAGGUUCCGUACGAAUCCGAAAUCCAGUCAAGGCCUUCUUCAACAUCGAGCAUCGCGUUACGGCUUUGGAUUCCAACCAGUACUUCUCUGGCUAGCAUCCUGCCACUCGAAACGAUUUAAUGCGAUUAAUCUGGUUAGACCGUCGUUUUCAGCGUUUCUGCGCAGCGCACGCAUCCCCCACAACGAACUGCUUCUCCAGCACCACCCGGAUCCUGCUACCACAUCCAGAAAAAGCGACCCGGCUUUGCAACGGUCAGAACUUUUCCUCGAGCAUUGCUGGUCAUACAGAUAGCGAUCCCACACGGAAAUCGAGUACUCUUACCAAUUCCGCAGAGUCGUUUUCCUCCUCGCGGCCGCCGCUCCGGCGCGCCACCCGCUCGAUAAUCGCCCUCCCGUCGUCAUAGUCGCCAUGUUUAGAGCCAUCUGGCGCCGGCCCUGGGCCAGGAAUAACCCUCGGUUCGAUGUCGUACAUCUACACAAAACCAACAUCCGGGAGCCAUGGCUCAGUCGGAACCUAGGAAAAUGUACCGCAACAUUUGCCUGCGCAUAUAUCAUGCUCUACCUCUUCGAAAGAAAGCUCGCCGAAAUAGACAUGGAAAGUAUUCAAAAACAUGAAGAAGACCUUCACUUCCCCGGAAUCUUCCUGCCGCUUCCUCACUUCGAAGUCCUGACCCAGCCCAAGGGUUUCCCUCGGAACGGGCCAGUAUGGGAGCGAUACACGCGCUUUGUGGAGGACGAGUCGCGGCGACAAGCGGCUAAUGUGGAGAUCAUGGACAAAGUUAGCAAUGCAUACAAGGCACCUGGCACGCCAUGGGUCAAGAGAUUUGGACCACCUCUAUCAGUCAACGCACACCUAACCAUAAUAUUGCCCGGUGGCCCCAACCCAGAGCCUUACCAGCUGGGAAUGGUCUUAUUAGACGACAACGAGGGACCCUUAUUCCGCAGGCGCCUCGUCACACGGAACUACUGGAAGAGAGUUGAACGGGUUUUCCAUCCACAGGCGCUGUUCAUGGCUUCCUUGGCCUUCAUGUCUUGUCUGUGGGACACAACAGUCGUCGAAGUCAAGCAGGCCAUGGGCGUAGAGACGGAGCCUGCGAAGCCGGCGCAACCACAGCAGUGGUCACUACGCAACGUCCCGGUCUGGAGUCCUGACCCUCCCAAGCAGCCUCAAAUUCGUAUCUUGGGACCCUUACCCACAGGCUUGCCUCCGGCAUUUGGUACUUCGAAGCCGGUCGUGCCACAGUCAACGCGCCCAGGGGCACCCAAAUAUGAUGGUGCUGGGAAGGCAUCCUCCUCCUCUCCUUUGCCCCUUGUAACGCCCUCUGGGAUCAGUCCGCCUACUGGCGAAGAUAAUUCGCAAUCCUUGACCAAGAACACGGAUAAGGACCAACAACAACAACCGCGCCCCGGCUGGACAGACGAGGAAGGAAACCCUCUCAUGCCCUUGUGGCUUGACUACAUGGCCAACCCGCAGACACAUGCACCCCUGAUGAAGAGGAUGCAAACAAUAUCGCAGGCGCCUCGGGCUGCGUUCUUACGAGAACUGAGCAGAUACCCGGCAUGGCGACCUCAGAAUACGCACGAAUAUCCCCCACAGGGUUCCAUCAGGCUUGUUGGCCCUGUGGUUGUGACCACGCCUGGCGCGUACGUUCACCUGGAGGUAUCGUACUGGUACGAUCCGGCUACCAGAAAGGUGAUUGAUCAGGGCUCUGAAAUCAGCCUCAAGGCUGUGGGGCACAGAUGGGACGCCAAAAACCCGCAACAAGUGCAGUCGAAACCGACGGCCGACAAGUGGGAGCCUGUCCAAGGCACAGAAAAGAACGUACAGCCAAGAGAGCCCCCAGAACGCAAGGAAUGACCUUGAUAAAAACCCAACUCAGCUCUAUUUGUUAAACCACCAAAGUUUGUGCUGUCUUGAAUUUUCAUUUGUGUUCCUGUCAAUCGCGACCGCAGUCGAGUGGAUUUGAAUGAACGACAGUAGAUUAGGCACAGCGAGAUACCACCAAAGCAUUGCAUUACCAGCUAUCAUCUUUGUGGUUUGUGGUCAAGCCUUCCAAGUGAGAAGAAAUGCCAUGAUUCACCAAGAUCUUGUGCUACCGUUGGACAGUAACUGAUUGGACCUCCAACGACUUGACAAAAAAUACACUCUAUGUAAUGCCGGGCCAUGGGCCCAUUCACAACCCAGUGGGCGUCUCCCGCCUCCACGGGGUCGCAACUAACAUCGCUGCCGUAGCCGGUCUUGUGUUAGCUCUCUUGUCUCACCUUGCUUCACUAUAAAGACAGGAUGAACCAAUUCGAUGCCUGGGAUUGUGCGUUUUUUUUUUUCUUUAGCGCAGAAUUCAUGGUACAGGAGAGCCUUUGGUCUCGGUGCCACGACAGGGUUGUCGGUUGGUAGUGGCAUGUAGGGCAGCGCUCCCGGGCUCACGUGUAUAAGAAUUUUUCAAUUGCUUCAUAUUCGCCGCAUGGUUCCCCUCAGGAUGUGGGAAAGGCGCAACGCGACGAUAUAAUUAUAAUAAUCCUUGCAAAGAUGCCUCCUUUCAGAACAGUAUCAGGCCACCAGUUCCCUUGGCCUGAUGGGGUAAUUAACACAUGACCCUUAUCAGGUUCAGACCCCGGUCGCAUGUUUAAGCAAACAGCCGGUUUCCACGCACCAAGCCAUAUCAGCUGCUGUGCGAUCCCGAAUCUUAAGUCUGGGCGGCGGCAGGCACCCGAGACCUUGAGCACCGG